AUGGAAUUACAGGAGACCAUGCAGAGGCUUCGCGAGACUGUGCAUCGUCUAGAGGUUCGAUACCAAGAGACCUACGUCAAACUGGUCGAAGAGGGGGCGCGGCUAAAGGACGAGAACUUCCGCUUUAGACGAGCCUUACACGAGAAGAACAAGCUUCAGGAAACGCUGGAGCGCGUGUACGACGAUUUUCACCAGCCCCUGACGGACGGAGAGGCCAGUAUGAGGAAAUGCGUGUUCGAGGACCAGUGUGCGCACGAUCCGUGGACCCCAUUGACCGAGGAGGAAGUUUGGGCUUACAUCCGGGCGACGCACGAGAGGGUGACGGCCACGUUGCAGGCCAUUUCACAGCGUGCAGCGCUGAGGCAGAUGGACCCCACUAGUCGACCAAUGCCUCCGUUCUUGGGUUGGCAGGUGCGCCAUCAUCGAGAGAACGACGAGGUGCUGUUCUCCUUUGAAAAGCCCUUCUAUCACGUGACCGCUCUACAGUCAAUGCAGCAUACAUGGGACAACGAGCUGGCCAUGCAGAGUUACCGCAAACCGGUAGACGCAGCGACACAGUCCAUGACUGUAUUCCAGGUGAUCAACGACGACACUUACGUGUUCAGGAGGCGCAUUAGAGUGGAAGAGCAGGUUACCACUUCAUACUAUCUACGGUUCCGACUCAAGACGUACUCAGGCUACGCGAUAGGCAACUGCUCGGUCAGUACGAAGCCGUCGCAACAGCCAGGACAAAUUUGGGCAGAGAAUAUGUCGCUGUGGACAGACUUCAAGGGUGCGCGCUCAGAAUCAGAUCAGGAGUGCUGCGUUGUGCGGAUCACGGGCAGGAUAAGCGUCGAUGCCACAGAAUCCGCCGCUAUCCAAGCUGCAGUCGACAUCAUCUUUGGACUGCUUAGCUGGGAAAACUUAAAUAUUGGCCCAGUGUUCGCGUUCACCGAGGGUUGA